AUUAAUUUUAGCUUUUUUUCUAUUAUAAAAUUAUCUUAUCUCAUGCAUCCCUCUCUCUAUAUCUCUUACUUCUGUUUUGUAUAACUACUCUUUGUUAUACAUAGCCAUUUUAGUUACUCUGGUUCGUUUCUUAUUCUCUCUAAUGGCUAUUCCUCUGUUUUAGGACUUUGAUGAUCUAAAUUCCAAAUUCCUUGAUCCUCACUCAAAUUUUUGAUCCUUUCCUUUGUUUUUCGGGUUUCUCAUUUUCUGAAUUGGGUUCUUCUCGUAAUUCAAGAUUUGUUUCCCUUCAUUCCAAUAAUUAAAAAAGUUUUUUUUUGGGUGUGCCAUUAAAAAUCUCAUUAAUGGCACAACUCCCUCCGAAAAUCCCAACCAUGACGACGACGACGACGCCACAUUGGCCUGACUUUUCCUCCCAAAAACUCCCUUCCAUCGCCGCAACCGCCGCCGCAACCGCAGCAACCGCCGGCCAGCAAAACCCUUCGUGGAUGGAUGAGUUUCUCGACUUCUCAGCGACUCGCCGUGGGACCCACCGUCGUUCAAUCAGCGACUCCAUCGCUUUCCUCGAAGCACCUUCCUCCGGCGUCGGAAACCACCACUUCGACAGGUUCGACGACGAGCAAUUCAUGUCGAUGUUCAACGACGACGUACACCAAAACCACAACAGCAACAACCACCACAAUCGUCACAACAAUGUGGGUCCCACGCGUUCUUCUUCCAACACCUCCACGCCGUCCGAUCACAACAGCCUCAGCGACGACGACAACAAAGAACCUCCACCGUCCGAUCAUAAUCACAUGGACACCACAGCCAAUCAAAACAACGUCGCCGGUAACAAUUACAACGAAUCAGACGAGGUUCAAAGCCAAUGCAAGACGGAGCCACAGGACGGUCCGUCGGCGAAUCAAAACUCCGGCGGAAGCUCCGGUAAUCGGAUUCACGAUCCCAAAAGGGUAAAAAGAAUUUUAGCAAAUAGGCAAUCAGCACAGAGAUCAAGGGUGAGGAAGCUGCAAUACAUAUCAGAGCUCGAACGGAGCGUUACUUCAUUGCAGACGGAAGUUUCAGUGUUAUCACCAAGAGUUGCGUUCUUGGAUCACCAGCGAUUGCUUCUCAACGUCGACAAUAGCGCUAUCAAGCAACGAAUCGCUGCUUUAGCCCAAGACAAGAUUUUCAAAGAUGCUCACCAAGAAGCAUUGAAGAGAGAAAUAGAGAGACUUCGACAAGUAUAUCAUCAACAGAGCCUCAAGAAAAUGGAGAAUAAUGUCUCCGACCAAUCUCCGGCCGAUAUCAAACCGGCCGUUGAGAAAGAGCAGCUCCUCAAUGCCUAAAGCUGCUUCAUGGCGAUAAAAAUUUCUUGACUAUAAAACCUCUUUGUGUCAAGAAAUUAAUUUGUCAAAGAAGAAGACAUUCUUAUUUAAUCUAAUCACAUUUUUUUUAAGUUGUGAUGAAUUUGCUUUGAUGUAUCUGAUUUUUUGUUUCUUAUGGAGUGGGAGGCGAGGGGGAGUGGAAAUGAAAUGUAAAAAAAAAACUUAGCUGAUUUGUUGUUUAUUCAAUUUUUUUUUUUUUUUUGGAGUGUCUAAAGCAUGAAUUGUGUACUAAUUGAUAUAUUUCCUGAAUAGUUUGUUUCUUCAUCAA